AUGGUGCCGACCUACACGGUACUUGGCAUCCCGCUAAAUCCACCUUGGGUAUUUCCCCCCAAAUCCUCCUCAGACACAGAGGCAGAAGAGGAGCUAUCUGGGGAUGUCCUAGUUUUGCCCAGGGCUGGAAAACUUGACGAGUUCCUCAGCUCAGAGGAAACAGAUUCUACUUCUUCUGACUCAACUGGGAGCAUUUAUGAGACCUUGCAAGUACUAAAGCAAAAAAGCAUGUGGUGCCUGUUGGAAUCCCUUUAUCAGUCUGACCCAGACAGUGAUGAUAACUUCUCUGCAGAUGAUGAGGACCUGAAGGAUUUAUUCCAAGACAAAGGCAUGGGGAAGCCGCAGGUCCAGUACACCGCAUCUCCAAGGUGUGGCUCCACAAGACGCUGCAGCUCCCUGAGCAGCCUUCCCUCCAACAUUCCCAAGGAUCAGUCCCAGCCACCCUCAGGCUCCAGGCCUCCUUCCCAGCACAGAAGCAUCAGCUCCUGGGCAUCAUCCAUCACUGUCCCUCGGCCAUUCCGUAUGACACUGCGUGAGGCCCAGAAAAAGGUCCAGUGGCUGGCCUCACCUGCCUCCUUUGAGCGUGAGAGGCAGCAGGCCCAGAAGCAAGGCCAGGAGGAGGCCGAGUGCCACCGGCAGUUCCGGGCACAGCCUGUGCCUGCGCAUGUCUACCUGCCCCUCUACCAGGAGAUCAUGGAGCGCAAUGAGGCCCGAAGGCGGACAGGGAUCCAGAAGAGGAAGGAACUGCUCCUCUCUUCCUUGAAACCCUUCAGCUUCCUGGAGAAGGAGGAGCAACAAAAGGAAGCCGCUCAACAAAGGGAAUUAGCUGCCACUGCUAAGGCCAAGGUCUCCAAACAGAAAGCCACCAGAAGGAUCCCCAAGUCCAUUCUGGAGCCAGCCCUUGGGGACAAACUCCAAGAAGCUGAGCUCUUCAGGAAAAUUCGCAUCCAGAUGAGAGCCCUGGACAUGCUCCAGAUGGCCUCCUCCCCCAUCACCUCCUCCAGUCGUCGGGCUGACCCACAGCUUCGCACCGCCACCCGAACCUCAGAGGAAAAGCUCGGGUUUCUGCAGACUAACUUUGGAUUCCAGCCUCGGGUGAAUCCUGCCGUCCCUGACUAUGAGGCCCUUUAUAAGGCCUUUCAGAGAAGAGCUGCAAAGAGAAGGAACACCCGGGAGGUGACUCGCAACAAGCCCUUCUUGCUGAGAACCGCCAGCCUGCGUAGCACUCAGCGGCCCUGUGAAGCUGCCACCGCUGGAGAGAGGAGGGAUUCUCCACAGUCACCUGCCACUCCCCGGCCAAGGAGUCAUUCUCUGAGUGGCCUUGCUUCCCUCUCUGCCAACACUCUCCCUGUGCACAUCACAGAUGCCACCAGGAAGAGGGAGUCUGCAGUCAGAAGUUCUCUUGAAAAAAAGGACAAAGCAGAUGAGAGUACUCAGUGGUUGGAGAUGCACAAAAAGAAGUGUCAAGCAAUGUCUAAAUCCGUGACCUUGCGUGCAAAAGCCAUGGAUCCCCAUAAAAGCCUAGAGGAGGUGUUCAAAGCAAAGCUGAAAGAAAACCGGAACAAUGACCGUAAAAGAGCAAAAGAGUAUAAGAAAGAAUUGGAGGAAAUGAAGAAGAGACUACAAACAAGGCCCUAUCUCUUUGAACAAGUUACCAAGGACCUUGCCAGGAAAGGAGCAGAACAGCGGUAUCAUGACACACUGAAGCAAGCCGGGCUGGAUGAAGACUUUGUGAGGAACAAGGGUCAGGGCACCAGGGCUACACACUGGAAGGGACAGUUAGAAGGCCAUGAUUAUCCCAGCACUCAUGAAACUACAAAACUCGGCACCAGAAAUCCACAGCAGGAUUUAGAAGAAUCUCUAGAACAGCCUACAAGCCCCAAGAAAGAACUGGAGGAGCUGUCUUAUGAAUUGCUAGAUAAUCUCAAAUCACUUUCUUAAUCAGUACACUUAAAAUUACUGCUUUUCAAUAAUAUUAAGCAGCUAACCUGGGGUUGAAUCAAGGCAGGCAAAAACUUGCAUUUUGAGUCACAGCUACUCUUAGAGAAUGGGGAAAAGUAGCAGAUAACAGGGAAUGGCUGAAGUAAAUCAAAGUGGAGAAGCUGAGGGUGGAGGGAUCAGAGUCGAGUUAAGGAUUCUUGCUUUGUGCCUCACAAUUAAAUUCCAGAUACAGAAAAAGGGCACAAGCCCAGAUGCCUACAGGGGCUAGUCAGGAAACAAAUCGGUCAAAUGGGCUGAGUGUAAGAUAGGAGAUAGUAGAGACUGGAGUGUCUGCUGGAAUAUAGGCCCAGAAUUGCCAGAUCAAUCAUGUUUUCAACAGAAGCCUACGAGUUAAAAUUACUUGAAAAUAUUAUAUGGGCAAAACAAAAACCAG